AUGAGUACCUUAUCAUUAAUUAAUGCCACGAGCGUCCAGAAUCCAAACGACACUCACAAAUGGCAACGGUCCCAUUAUGUCCUUCUCCACAACAUUCAAGCGCCUUCCAUUCUUCUUGCUGUAGUGAUAUUACUUGGCAAUUCUCUUGUCAUCACAUCUUACAAGAUUAACGGGCGACUGAGAACUCGAACAAACGCGUUCCUCGUCAGUUUAGCCGUGUCAGAUUUUCUAGUUGGAAGUAUAUCGAUGCCGAUGUGGAUCUACAAUCUUAUCAUAGUCGAUAAUGGAUCCGUUGCUUUUAAAGCCGUUUUUAAAACUUUCGAUGUCUUUUCAGCGCUGGCUUCUAUUUACCAUUUAACUGCUAUAAGCAUCGAACGUUACAUCGCCGUUUCUCGACCGUUUUAUUACAAAAGUUUACCGUCCUUGUUUCAACGGGCAAUGAUAACAUCUGCAUGGCUUGUCGCCAUCUUGUUGGCUUCCUUCUCGUCUUUUACUAUGCCGUCUGUUCUUAAAAUCCCUUGGAACAGUCGAGUAUAUGCCACUGUUAUGUUCAUUAUCGGUUUCGCAAUUCCCGCCGCCAUUAUAUUUAUUAUGUACGUCGGCGUUUUUUCAGUCGCGCGCUCUCUCCUUCAACGCAACCCACACUACCCCCCUGGGAGUCGAGUAAGCAAUGGAAGCCUAAUGAGCCAAUAUUAUCAAGGAGAGAGAAAAGUGGCCAUCACUGUGGCAUUCAUCACAGGUUUGUUCAUUGCUACCUGGGUACCAUUUUUUAUCGUAUCUAUCACGGCUUCCUACUGUCUUCACUGCCUUCCUUCGUCGCCAAAAACUUUCACAUGGCUUAUUGUCAUUGUUAAGGGUGCACACUAUCUGAACAGUGGUGUCAACCCACUGGUGUAUGCUCAACGGGACAGUGAAAUGAGAAGAACAUUUCUUACACUGUUAGGAUUUAAGCGCGUCACUCGUCAUAAGAGCGCCAAACAGGAAAGGCCCUGGGGAAUCAAACAACUGACCGGCCGCACCAUACAGUGCUAUCAUUUAGGUAGUUCCAAUGCUGCGCAGUAUCAUGUGAGUGGUACGGUUAAUGAAUUUUUUACCAAAAUUACUGAAAAGCAUGUGGAAGUCACUGUAACCUGAGGGAUCCUGAAUGAACUGCAGUCCAGAUCCAGGAGUUCUGUUCAGGCCGUUAUGUCAUGUUCCUGAGCAAGACAGUUUACACUAACCGUGCCCUUCCUCGUCUAAGGGUAUGAAUGGGUUCUCGCAAGCUGUUUACCAGGUGAUAAUUCGAGAGGGUCAGCCCCAGUGGACAAGCAUAAACGCUUAGUUUAAUAUCAAACGAGACCUAGAGGCCCGGUACCUUGAACUUGGUUCGUUUGAACGUGUCAACCACAACCUUACCCGGCGGUUGACAAGUAGCAUGUACUUGUGCGAUCCAAAACUUGCCGACAAAUGAUACGUGAACGUUACAAAUCAGACUCUCGGGCUGCCCGAAUAAAAACGAAAGAUAGUCGAACAAAGUCCCUUUUGCGUCAUUGGAAACGCACAGAACUUUCCAAACUCAUUGCCGUAAAAAGGUUAUACAUGCUAAAAUAUUUAUGAAUUUAUCUCUCUGAACAGAAAUCUGGAGCUAGCUUGUUCUGCCCGUUUGAUCUGUUGAACACUUUCUUUUUAAGAAAAGCGACGAGACAUGCAUUCUUCAUUCUAACACAAUUUUUAUGUAUUUGUAAAUGGGGGUCUGAGGUUUAUUUUCUUUUUUUAGGAUGUGUUCAUGAAUAUAACAUUUAUUACGCUGAUUCAACUCCACCUGCCUUUUUUACCGAGUGCUUCUUAAUUAA